CCCUUUUCCCACCCAACAACUGGUGAUACUAAAUUCCAUGAGAGAAAUAGAGACUUUAAACUGGUUAAUGGUGUCUCAAACACAUGCAAACACAUCAGAUUUGAGAUUUUCUUCCAGUUGUUUUCCAAAUUAGUUCAACUUACCUACAUUGGACUUUAAGCUUUGUAUACCCUGGAUACCGGUAAUUAAUUAGUUUUGAUCUGAAAUCAUGGUAAAUUUGACUUUUCUGAGGAGGAAGAAUCAGUUCAGUCUCAGUUCAAAGACUCAACCCAUUUAAAGCUUUACUUCUAAACUUAACAACAGUUUCUGCACGACAGCUUCAGCUGUGGGCUAUUAAAAGCACUCAAACCCUGCAGUGUGUGUUUAGAGCUGAGCAAGUGAGCUGACGAUCCCGAUUCAUUUAAUCCUAAAGGACACGUUUAAAGACUCGUUUCAGUGGUCUAACAUUACUGAAACACCAUGGGUAUAAGUGAUAUUCUGAGGCUGGAUGUGACCUCGGUUUGGCCUGUGCUCUCAGUGGUGGUCGCAGCUGGUGUCUUUUAUCUCUACAGUCUGAUACUCAGGCAUUUAGCCAAGACAACUGUGAGGAACAAAGUGGUGCUGAUUACCGAUUCACUCUCAACACUCGGAAAUGAAUGUGCAAAACUCUUCCAUACUGGUGGAGCCAGACUGAUCCUUUGUGGAAAUAACUGGGAAAAGUUGGAGACUUUUGCUGAGCAUCUGAUGAGUGAAUCAGAUCCAGCACUUACGUUUCCACCCAAACUGGUGGAGCUGGACUUCAGUAACAUGGAGAGCGUUCCUGAGAUCAUCUCUGAGAUCCUGGAGUGUUACGGCUGUCUGGAUGUCCUCGUCUUCAACACCAGCAUGAAGGUGAAGGCUCCUGUACACAGUCUGUCCCUCCAGAUGGACAGGAUUGUCAUGGACGUCAACUACUUUGGGCCCAUCACACUGGUUAAGGGCGUCCUUCAGUCGCUGAUCUCCAGAAGAAUGGGUCACAUUCUUCUAGUCAACAGCAUUCAGGGGAAACUGACCGUUCCCUUCCGCGCCACCUAUGCUGCGUCUAAGCAUGCCGUUCAGGCUUUCUUUGAGUGUCUGCGGGCUGAGGUUCAGGAAUAUGGAAUAACCGUCAGCACCGUCAACCACACCUUCAUAAAAACUCCAGACACAAACUCAAAGGACGAGGACGCAGCGAAACCCAUGUGGACACACCUCAAAGUGAAGUCCUGUGGUGUGAACGCUGAAGAAAUGGCCACUGAGAUCCUGAAGACUCUGAGUAGCAAGAAGAAGGAGAUUUUAAUGUCCCACUCCUUCAUCCCUAAAGCAGCGCUCUAUGCCAGAUCUCUCUUCCCAAACCUGUUCUUCUCCAUCAUGGCAGCAGGAGUCAGAAACACUGCAGCGGUGGAGAUGUCUGAGGAUUGAAGGACAGUGUAAAAGUGGAGAAUGUGUUACUGUGCUACAAUUAGAAGAGAAUUCAAUAAAUAAAUCAGCAAGAUUAUGGAUGUCUGUCUGUCUGUCUAUCUAUCUAUCUAUCUAUCU